AUGAAGUUAUCUUACUUUAAAGUGGCUGAAAGUAAUAUGGGAUAUAACGAUAAUAAUAAUAAUAGCAACAUAUCAUAUCCAAUAUUAAAGUGGUCAAUAGAAAGUACUGGAAAUAGGAAUUAUGAUAGUAACUCAUAUAGUGAGAACAAUGAAGAUAUUAAUAAUAUGAAUGUUCCAUGUUAUAGACGUUCACACAGCUGUGUAUUAAUUAAUGAAGAAGAAUUGUUAUUAUUAUUUGGAUUUAAUUCAAAAUAUAAUGUAAAUUGUUCGGAUUGUUUUAUUUAUAGUAUCAAAGAAAAAGAAUGGAAAAAACUUUCUAUUAUUGGUGAUAUACCCCCAAGUCGUUAUGAUGCAUCAGUUGAGAAGUUAUAUGAUAAUUGUAUUAUCUUAUAUGGUGGUAGUAAUGGUAGUGAUAUAUAUAGUGAUUUAUAUAUAUUAAGGUUAUCACUGUCAUAUUCAUUAAAUAAGAAGAUUUUAAUAUCUGAACGUGUACAUGUUGAUGGUGACUAUUUACCAAGAGUUGCAAAUACAAGUUUUAAUUUAAUAAAGAAAUAUAACCGUAUAUAUAUGUUUGGUGGGUUUUUAAUGUGGAAUAAUACAGUUGAUAUAACUAAUGAAAGCUAUAAUAAUAUAAAUAGUGAAUUAGAUGAUAACUUUAUAAAUAAUCAUAGUAAUCAUAGUAAUUAUCAGAGUAUUUAUAAUAGUAGAAUAUCUCAAUAUAAUAUAGAUUACGAUAAUAUAUUACUUAUUGGAAAUUUAUGGUGUACUAAUAUAAUGUAUGAAUUAGAUAUUACAAAUUUAUUAAAUUCAAAUGAAAAAUAUUCAUAUACUAGUUCAAGAAAUAGUAACGGUAUUAAUAAUAAAUUAAUAAAACUACCUAAACUUAAGUCAUCUAUAUUAAGUACUGGGGAUGGUUAUCAUAAAUUAAAGAGUGAAAAUAAUAAAGUCAAUAAUAUAAAUGCAAAUAACAAUAAUACUGAAAGUAAUGGAAAUAAAGAUCAAUAUAUAUUAUCAUCAAAUUUAAUUCGAAAAUCAAUAUUAAAAAAUUGUAGUAAUAAUAAUAAUAAUAAUAAUAAUAUAAUUAAACAAGGUUUUAGUAAUAAUAUGAAUAAUAUAUUAUAUAAAAAAGUUAAUAAUUAUAUUGAUAACCAAGGUAACAUUCCAAGUAAUUGUGACAAUGAUAUUUCAUUAAUACAUAAUUUAAGGAAUUACCCAAAAGAAGAAGUUAAUAAUAGUUUUAUUAAUAAUAACAAAUAUAAUAAAGUUGUUAAAAGUCGUCGUAUAAGAGUACCAUUAAAUAUAACACCUCGUUGUGGUCACUCAUCAAUAAUAAUGAGUGAUAAUGAAAAUAAUGAAAAGAUUUAUUAUUUCGGUGGUUGUACAACUGGUGGAUUUACUAAUAAAAUAUUAAUAUUUAAUGUUACGAAACUAAAUGAUAUUUUGACACAAUCUAAAAAAAUAGAUGUUCUAGAUGUUUGUACAAAUUGUUGUAAAACAAGCCCAUUUACUGUUAUGAAUGAUACAAUUAAUAAUUAUUCUAAUGAAAAUAAUUAUCAAUGUACAUGUAAAUCAUGGGAAAUUAUUGAAAUAUUUAGUGGAAGUCCACCACCUGGGUUAUCAUGUAGUAUACUAAUGAAAUGGUAUGACUUUAUAUAUGUUAUUGAUGGUUUAUUAGAAAAGGAAAAUUCAAUAUGGGAUAUAUAUAAGGGUGUUUAUAUAUUUGAUACUAAGACAAAUAUCUGGUAUAAUAUUAAUAAUAUGAUUAUAUAUGAUCAUAAACAAGAUCACAAAAUUGAUUUUUAUUAUGAAGAUUGUGAUAAAGUAGAUUUUAUAACCAAUAAUAGAAAUAAUCAUGAUUUAAUUAUUCAUAAUAGACCAUCAUUAAUAUUUACUGGUUGUGUAUAUAUGAAAGAUCAAUUAUUUCUUAUUGGUGGAAUUAAAGAUUCUUAUAAUAAUGGUGAUUGUAUGGAUAUUAUAUCAUUAAAAUUAUCUACAUGGACUAAAGAACUUGAUUAUUUUUACCCUCAAUCAUUUAGAAAAGUUACUAAUAUAUUAUUAUAUAAUCAAGAUUAUAAUAAUUAUUAUCAAAUUAUAUCUAACAACAAUAUUUAUAAAUUUUCUCAAAGAAUUAUUCCAAUUGAUAUUAUUAAUAUUAUUAUUAGUUUUUGUGGUUAUCAUUGGUUUGAUUAA